AUGUCAGCAUCUGAGGGAAUGGGACCUGACUUGAAGAACAUGAGACAGUCGGCAGAGCAUGCCUCACAGCCUCUGGCCCCGAGCAUCCUUCAAAUCCAGAAUAAGAAGCACCAGCAGAGGGGAGCUGUGGGGCACAGGGCUCCUCCCCCUGAAGAGGAGGACCCCAGGCUGAAGUGUAAGGACUGUGGGGCUUUUGGACACACUGCGAGGAGCAGAAGAUGCCCCAUCAAGUGCUGGGAUGGUGCGCUGGCCCCACAACCCUUGGGCCCAAAGAAGGAGAAGGAGAACCAGGCACCAAGCAAGCCUAGGAAUCUCCAGAACACAGGGGCCUGUGAGCAGCCAGCCAGAAUGAAGGGCCAGGUGCAGAGGCAAGAAGAGGAACGGGGAAAGGCUCUACUCCAGACAGGGAGUUCCCAUAGGAGACCCCAGGAGAGGCAGCAACCCAAAUGGAAGGAAGAGACAGAACCCAGUGCCUACCUAAGGAAACCCAGCAGGCCACUGCCCGUCCACACGACCAGGACGAGGUGUGUCCUGGGCUCUGGGUUUGAGAGUCAACCUUGUGUCCAGAGCUCGGAUGAGAGUCUCACCUUCACUAGCGCACAUCCCUUUCAGAGACCCAAAUGUGGACUCCACUCAGGUCCCGGGAUCCAGAAAAAACAGGAUGUGAGCAUUCCUGGCACCAUCCAGCUGGCAGCAAGGCACUCAGGGCAGAACCCUGGCCUCCUUGGGAAGAAAGCACCUGAAACACCAGAGGUUGUCUCCUCUAAAGUUGCCCAGACUUCUGCCCAAAUUCUCGGAGGGGGCCAUGUGCUCCACCCUCCAUCACUAGCCAGGUGUCCUGAUGUGAGCAAAGAGCCCUGCCUGCAGCCUGCAGCAUGUCCACAGGGCCAGGGCCACAAACUCAGCCUCCAGGCCCCAGGCAAGAGACAAGCUCAGGUCCACAUCCAGACUGGCCAGAACGCCCCAAAGAAACUCAGGCUGGGGCACAGUCUCAUUCCACGGGGGAACACCUGCAGGCCAGGCUCGGAGGCUAGGAAGUCUCUGCCUGCUUGGCAAGAUACAAGUGGUAUCGGACUAAAAGGGUCACCCCAGGUGACCAGAAAAUCUCCAGCCCAUGAUUCCAGCAUGGAUCUUCGCCCUCCCAAGGAAAGCCCUUUCCUGAAUCCAGUCGAGCCGUGCACCAAAUCGAGUCCACCAGCACCCAGCUGUGUUCCCCGACAGCCCCUCCGAAUGCUCUUCAAGAGAAUGCACAAGAACUGGUGGAGAUCCAGGUUCAUUGCCGAUCUCCCUUCCUCUCCCACUGCAAAGACCAGUGCUCUUGCUGACACUCCUCCCUAUCUUGAUGAGUCGGAGAUUCCCAGCUCCCAUGAGCCAGUGAGUGUCCUCUAUGAAGACCUUCAGGUGUCGUCCUCCUCUGAGGACAGUGACAUGGAGUGA